AUGGCUGAAGAACCGGUGAUCACACCAGAGACUUUGCAAACGUUUGAGAAUUCUACGGAUCUCGUCAAGAGUUCGAAGGGGAACCCGACGUCGCGUGUGUUCAAAGAUAUACUCGCGGGGACAUCCGGCGGGAUUGCACAGGUGCUCGUGGGGCAGCCCUUCGACACGACGAAAGUGCGUCUCCAGACCUCCUCUGCGAACACGAGUCUGCUCGAUGUGAUCCGGUCGCUCUUGCGCAACGAGGGCCCACUCGCAUUCUACAAGGGCACGCUCACACCGUUGGUCGGUGUUGGGCUCUGCGUGUCCGUCCAAUUCGGUGUCAAUGAGGCCAUGAAACGGUUUUUCAGGAACAGAAACAGGGGCCAGCCGAUCAGUCUACCCCAGUACUACAUAUGUGGUAUGACCGGUGGGCUUGUCAACUCUUUCCUUUCAUCCCCCAUAGAACACGUUCGUAUCAGACUACAGACUCAAAAGUCCAGUGGUAUCAACAGAGAAUUCCAGGGACCCCUCGAUUGUAUCAGGAAACUGGUCAAACAGAGGUCGCUCAUGCGUGGGCUCCCCGUGAUGUUCCUCAGGGCAGGUCACGGUCUCGGUUGCUACUUUCUAGUAUACGAGGCGCUCAUAUGCAACGAGGUGAAACACGGCGUCGCCAGGUGCGAUAUACCGGCGUGGAAACUGUGUUCGUAUGGGGCCGUCGCGGGCACCACUCUGUGGAUGAGCAUCUACCCGCUUGACGUGAUCAAGUCCGUGAUACAGACGGAUAGGUUGCGCAACCCAGUCUACAAGAACUCAAUGGUCCAUGUAGCGAAACAGUUGUACGCGAGAGGUGGGCUUGCCGCUUUCUUCAAGGGGUUUGUCCCCACGUUGCUGAGAGCAUCGCCCGCGAACGCAGCGACUUUCGUUACGUUCGAGUUCGCAAUGAGAUUGAUGGGAUGA